ACACCUUUUGCAUAGUGAUUUUUGGAGGGCAGCCCGCAAGUGUCGCCACGCUUCCGGCGCCAACAUAGCACGCCCACAACUUCCUAACCUGUACAUCUUUGGAAUGUGGGAGGAAACCGGAGCACCCAGAGGAAACCCACACAGACACAGGGAGAACAUACAAACUCCUUACAGGCAGUGGCUGCAUUUGAACCUAGUGUUUCUCUUGAGAAAUUCUUCUCAUUCACUGGAGAUUGAAAAACGCAGCAACUGUUUGGCUUCCACAGGGCAGUUUGCCAGCUAAACAUUCGCAAUCGUGCUUCACUGUAUCUGCUGGGGGAGAUUAGCUGAACGCCACCACUCUUUCUGGCUGGACCUUGGCAGUGAAGAGCUAGAGCGACAUGUCCACAAUGGUGCAGAUGAAUGAGAAGCUCAGUGCAGAAGAGAUCAUAACUAGCACCAAGCAAGUCAUCCAGGGGUUGGAGGCACUGAAAAAUGAAAACAACACCAUACUGCAGAACCUGCAGGAGACUCUGAAUGGAUUGAAGGAAGAUGAAGAAGUUCACCUGGUACAAGAGAAGACCUGCCUGAUCCAGAGGUCGCUGGAGAUGAUUGAGCUAGGACUGAGCGAAGCGCAGGUGGUGACUGCUCUGUCCAACCACCUCAGUACGGUGGAGGCAGAGAAGCAGAAGCUGAGAGCGCAGGUGCGACGGCUGUGCCAGGAGAACCAGUGGUUGCGGGAUGAGUUAGCCGGCACCCAGCAGAAGCUGCAGAAGAGCGAGCAGACAGUGGCACAGCUGGAAGAGGAAAAGAAGCACCUGGAGUUCAUGAACCAAAUCAAGAAGUAUGAUGACGAGGAAGCAGCGGAAGACAAAGACAGUGUGUUGUCGAAGGCACCACUGGAUGAUCUUUUUCCGAAUGAGGAUGAACAGAGUCAGUUGCACCAGUCGCACAGCAGUGCAGCAACAGCAGCCCAGCAGGGCGGAUACGAGAUCCCAGCAAGACUACGAACACUCCACAAUCUGGUCAUACAAUAUGCUUCACAGGGCCGCUAUGAAGUGGCGGUCCCGCUUUGUAAGCAAGCUCUAGAGGACCUGGAGAAAACAUCGGGGCACAACCACCCCGAUGUGGCUACCAUGCUAAAUAUUCUGGCCUUGGUAUACAGGGAUCAGAACAAAUACAAAGAAGCGGCCAGUCUUUUAAAUGAUGCCCUGACAAUCAGAGAGAAAACCCUUGGCCAAGAUCAUCCAGCAGUGGCUGCCACUUUGAAUAAUCUAGCUGUGCUUUUCGGCAAAAGAGGAAAAUAUAAAGAGGCGGAACCACUAUGCAAGAGAGCUCUGGAAAUCCGGGAAAAGGUGCUGGGCAAAGACCACCCCGACGUGGCGAAGCAGCUGAAUAACCUGGCACUAUUGUGUCAGAACCAGGGGAAGUACGAGGAGGUGGAGUAUUACUACGAAAGAGCUUUGGAGAUCUAUCAAACCAAACUGGGACCAGAGGACCCCAAUGUGGCCAAAACAAAGAACAAUUUGGCUUCCUGUUACUUGAAACAAGGUAAAUACAGACAAGCGGAGGCUCUGUACAAGGAGAUCCUGACACGGGCUCACGAGAGGGAGUUCGGGUCUGUUGAUGGUGACCAUAGACGGGUGUGGGUAAACUCCGAGGACAUGGAUGACGCAAACAAGGGCAGAGUGCCCCCUGCAGGCAACUUCUGGAGCCACACUGAGCCUUCCAUCUGCUUCGCAACCUCCAGUGAUACAGCGGGGCCUCCAGAUGCCAAUGGAACUCUACAGCUGCGACAGAAAAACACCAAGAUUGUUCCCGUCACCGUCGAAAAGACAGCGGAUUACUUACUGAAGGCAGCGGACACCUCCCUCAACACAGCCCCCUGUAAACGACCCUACCCCUGCAUCGACCUGGACUCUGGCGCAGUUAUCUUUGCAAAUGGUCCAGACGGUUAUGAGGAAGUGAGUAUGGGAAUAGAAUGGAAUGGGGACACUCUCGGGAGUUUGAAACGCAGUGGCUCCUUCACAAAACUGCGUGACUCCAUCCGGAGGAGCAGUGAGAAGCUUGUCCGAAAGCUGAAAGGUGUCGCAGCACAAGACACACGGCCAAAAAUGCUCGGGAUGAAGCGAGCAAAUUCUCUGAACGUUCUGAAUGUGGGCAGCAGGAUUACUGGAGACACUUUUCAGCGCCCCUGCAGUAGCCUGACCGAGUCUCGGGGACUGAGCAACAGCCACAGUAACCUGACGCGCCGUGGCUCCCUGACGGAAUCGAGCUGAGGGACACCAGGCCUCGAUGCAUCUGAAGUUACCCGGGAGCCUGCAGCCGUCUCCUGUAUCCCCACACACAGGGCUUCCCAGUUCUUGCAGGGUCUGAGCCUUUAGGUGUAAGGUGCAGCCAAACCCGCUUCAUUCUCCAGAGCAACCCCACAAUGUUUGUGGUACAGCUUACAUGUCCCCACAGUACUUACAGCAGACGAACUGGCCACUCAUCCGUGCUGGUGUUUCUGGUCUACACUAACUUCCCACCCUUCCCCAACUCAACACAUUGUCAUCCUUUUGCCCUCUCUCACUGUAAUUUAUCCAGCAUGUCCAGAAAUGUGAGUAAGAAAGAACAGGAGAGGUUUUCUGUAGGGGGAGACCACGGCGCCGUCAUUGUUUCAAGAUAUAUUCCCUUCCCUCCACCUUCCCUCUUUUCUGCAGUUAACCCAGAGCUGAGAUUGCAACCUCUGCCCGAUCCAGCAAAUAACAUUUCUACAGGCAUACACCUGCUCUACUGAUAGCUCACAACCCUGGCGUACUCACCUUGCCCCUCUCACCCUGACGCUCUCUCUUCAUCAGUCCCUCUAAUCUGAAUUCCCUCUGUUCUCUCACCAUCACUUUCUGCUUCCUUCUUCCUCAAACACUAUCUAGCUUUCCCCUUUCACCCCCCUCAUUUUCUAUCACACUCUACCCUCUCUCUCUGUCUGCCUCCCCCUCCAUCUCCCUUCUCUCCUCUCUGUCUGCCUCCACCCCCAUUGUGCUCUCUUUUUUUUCCCUCGCUCUCUCUCUCUUUCCCGCUCUCUCUUUCCCGCUCUCUCUUUCCCGCUCUCUCUUUCCCGCUCUCUCUUUCCCGCUCUCUCUUUCCCGCU